ACAUACACACGACUCACCUAGACACACACCGCCUCCUUUAGAAAUCCCCAACGCGAUAUAAACCACGCGGUUGUGCUCCGUUUGGCACCAAACAAAACAAAGCAAAACACGUUUCUGAAAAUUUCUUCCAUUGAAUAUUCUUUUCUUUAACCCUUUCCUUCAAUUCCAGAUUCUCUUUCUUGCAUGUUUUCUACACAACCUUUCUGAUAAAUCUCCGUAACGGUAAUCAUUCUAUAAAUCCCUUUUCGUGUUUUAGGGAUUUGAAAAAUCUCAUCAAUUCAACGAUUCGGAUUCGAUGGCGGAAGAACACAGAUUGCAAGCACCGCGAUUAUGCGUCAACAAUUGCGGAUUCUUCGGCAGCGCCGCCACGGAGAAUCUCUGUUCACGGUGCUACCGAGAUUUACAGAUUAAGGAACAACAAGCUGAGUCAGCGAAACUCGUUCUCAAUCAAUCGAUCUCGGUGCCGGAGAAGGCGGCGGCGGCGUUGGUUUCUGAACCGUCGUCUUCGUUACCUGGACCGGUCGAUUUGCCUAGUGUUGUUGAAGAGGCGAAAGCGAAACCGUUGCAGCAGAAUCGGUGCACGACGUGUAAGAAGCGCGUGGGGCUCACGGGGUUUAAAUGCAAGUGCGGGAUGAUGCUGUGUGGGACCCACCGUUACCCGGAGCAGCAUGAUUGUGAAUUUGAUUUCAAGGGGUUGGGGAGAGAGCAGAUCGCGAAGGCGAACCCGGUGGUGAAGGGUGAGAAGCUCGAGAAGAUUUGAGAAGAAGAGAAGGGUAUUAUUGUAAUCUCGAUUGUUUUCGUUGUUAUUGGAUAUUGAUCCGGUUCCUUAAUCGGAUGUGGGGUUCGGGUCGGGAUAGUGAUCCGGUUUAUUAAUCGGAUGUGGGGUGGUUGGGUGGGUCUUUGUUAUUUGGUUUCCUGAUUAUUAAUGUAGAAAAUUACAUUUAAAUGCAUUUUAGUUCUUAUAUUUA